AUGCGACCACCACGCUUGAUCGUGAUUGUGUUUUGCUUGCUCUUCUUCCCGAUCUUACUCACUUUCUUCUCGGCACUAACCACUUCCUCCCGCGUCUCUACGCCCAGUUCGCUUGCUGGUCAAGCGUCGGGUCUCCAUGCCCUUUUCUCCUUUAACCUUCCAUCCUCCCUCUUCCCGCCCUCCGCAAUCAUCAGUUUGACCGAUGACAACUCGACCUUUUUUCUGGCCAGACCUGCAGCGUUUGGCCCAUUGCUCCCAGACAAGGGGCUGAGCGGCCAACUCUGGAUUGGAAGCGGGUUUGGAGAACGCACGACGGCGGGAGCGGAGGGGGAACUGGGCUGUUCAGAUAUUCCGGGAUGGGGCGAAGGCGACCCUCACAAGCCAGGGACGGCCGACGGAAACACGGGCAAACCACGAACCGGAACCACGAGCGAGGGCACGAAAAAGCAGGCCGACACUCACUCAGAUGCCGACUCCUCUCGUCUCCCAAAGGAAAGAGCGGGGAUCGGCCUUUCGACUGAUGACGGAACCGAUGAUCAUCUGCACCACCCCCUUCCGGAGUCUGCAGGGACAGAUGCAACUGCUAUGGAGAAAUCCGGGGAUCACUCACUGAGCCUACCCACAACCCACGCCGAUAUUCAAUCUCUGCAGGAAAGUGCGGAGAUUGACGGCAAGGUGGUCCUGUUGAGUCGGGGUGGCUGUGGCUUCCUCGAGAAGGUGAAAUGGGUGCAACGGCGAGGAGGUAUUGCUCUGAUUGUUGGUGACGACACUCGGGGUGGAAGUCUAGUCACUAUGUAUGCACGCGGCGAUACGUCGAACGUGACAAUCCCUGCGCUGUUCACCUCUCACACUACCGCCCAUCUGCUUUCUUCCUUGGUUCCGGCUCAGAUGGUCGAAGGUACGGAGGCGGAUGACGCUGCGGCUACUCAAACUGGCCAGUCGGGCCAUCGCACUUCUGGGAAGCAACAUAUUCACACAGCAACAACCACAGUAGUGGCCGCCUCAAGUACGCCCACUAAGCACACGAUGGCCGACAACAGUGUGGCCCCCGCCAGUCCGAAAGGCGGUCUUUUUCAUGCCUUGCUGUCCCUACUGGGCCUUGGUAGCAGUGGAAGACGACCGUGGUUCUCACCUGAAGAUAGUCGUCGCCCGCCAAACAGUGGAAACAUCAAUUGGAUCAUGCUAGAUCCUUGGGAUGACCAUGCACCAUCCCAGCAGCAGGCAGAUGUUAGCCGCUCUACAACAAAAGCAGAUGGAGCUACCAUCAACCGCAAGAAGCAUGGGUCAUUGUCGAGCGGCUCGGAUGCAGAUGGGUUCGUGAUCGGAGUCCAGGACUGGCGAGAUCCAGACCUAGUCGCACCGAAGGGCAGUGUUCUUCCGACACCCACUGGUGUGGUGGGUGUAGAUGGGAACAACGUCCAAAGCAGUGACAAAGCCACCGCUGCCGCUUUGAAAGGCGGCAGCAUCACCCCUGGCAGUGGCGAGUACUACACCAUUGACAAGUCUACUAUCUCGCAGAAAGGGAGCUCAAGCGGCUCGCAGUCUCAAAGCUCGCAUCAUGGCAGCAGCGAAGAUGACUCAUCGUCUGGAAGCGGUUGGCUUUCCAAGCUCUGGUCAAGUAGACAAAAGCCCGACGGAAGCCGGGAUUCGAGCGUCAAAGAUACACUUGCUGCAGAGGAUAAGCUCCGCAAGCCUUCCUCAGUCAGCCAAUCAGGCGCCACGACAGCUGACCACGAGGGCUUGUGGGUCACCUUAACGCCGACGAGCAUGUCUACCAGUCCAUUCUUCGACACGCUCCUUGUCCUUGUCAUCAGUCCGCUGCUUACACUGAGCGUGGUGUACAUUCUGCUGUUGCUCCGGUCCCGCAUUCGCCGACGAAGAUGGCGCGCCCCGAAAUCUCUGGUGGACCGCCUUCCCGUGCGAACGUAUCACACAAUUACCACCUCAUCUUCUGCCUCUAGCUCACCGCGGUCCGUCAGCCCUGGCCCGGUCUCGCCUACAUCGCCCCUUCUGGGUUCUGGAAGCCGCUCAGACACCAAGGGUGCACCCAAAGUGUCGUCUACCAAGAAGGAGAAAUCUGGAUCUACUCUCUGGCGACGCAAGUACACGGGACGACAGGUCGAAUGUGUUGUUUGCCUGGAAGAGUAUGUCGAUGGAGAAAGCCGGGUGAUGAGCCUGCCUUGUGGACAUGAGUUCCACGCCGAGUGCAUCACUCCUUGGUUGACUACACGCCGACGAACGUGUCCGAUUUGCAAGGGGGACGUCGUUCGGUCGAUGGCUCAAAGUAGGGCCGGCGAUAUGCGCGACCCCGCUGCGGAGCAGACAGUCGGGGCAGGUCAGCACACUCGCGAGGUUGAGUCACAGCACAGCGUAUCCUCGGCUCCGGUCCCGAUCACCGGAGGCAGCGAGGACGAGCUGUCUGACGUGGAGCACCGCGCAGGCGCGGACGCGGGAGUGCAUGAGGCACAUGCGUCGUCGGCGCCACCGACCUGGCGCAACUACGCGGCGUUGAGCUACUCUGCGCUGAGCGGGGACACGAUCUGGCACCAGACUCCGACGGACGGGCGGCAAUGA